GCAGAGAGAGGGGUCACCGGAAACCCGCGGCAUGCCGGGAAGGGGUCAGGGGGAAGCACUUCCAUGCGCCGCGCGGCCGGGUUCGCCGCAGACAAGGGGCGGCGGCGCCACCUGCCGACGGAGCGGGGUACGUGCAGUGCCAGCCCCUUCCCCCGGGCUCAGACACAGACGUGUCGGCGCCACCUGUUGGCGGAGAGGGGCCAAGCUUUCGUCCAUCCAUAUGACAAGACUUCAUGCAUCUACCAAAACCCCAUCUUCAGGCCACUUGAGGGGCUGCAAGGAAUUUCAAGAGGGCCAAGAUGUUAAAUGCCAUUGUCACACGAAGGCAUGCAAAAUAUCCUCACCAGAUGGCUCGGGAUCAACAAGUCGCUCAAACUCGAUCCAGGAAUUUUCAGAAUCCUUUGAGAAGCAACUGCAUUUCAAAAUCAAGCGCUCAGUUUCUUUGCAACCAGAGGGCAUGAAAGAGAGGAGAGAGCGAGGGAGGAUGUGCAAGAGCAGAUCUCACAAGAAAGAGGGAGGGAAGAGGGAGCCAAAGGAAGAGCAGGAGGAAGAAGAAAGACCAGAGAUUUCUGCUGGAAAACAAAGCUAAUAGCUUCCAUCCUCAGGAGGCAUUAAAAAGAGAGAUUUCUGCAUAAAAGGUUACAGUGUAUUGGAGCCAUUUACUGAAAGAGUAAAGUGAGUUUUGUUGUUUUGUUUUGAUUAGAGGCCAGUUAGCUGAAGUAAAGUAAACUUUAAUUUUUAAAAUAAAAUUAUUACAGUGAUACUUUUGAAGCUGUGUUUCUAUUGUCCUCUUUUUACUUUCUCCAUUAUAAGCGUGACACUUGCUUUAAGGAGAGUGCGUGCCUAGUUGGAUCAAGGUUUAAGUGAGCCCUGCAUCAUUUUAAUCUGGAUUUCAGUCAGAUUUAGAGUUAUCACAGCAGUGGACAUGCUCAUUUAAAAGGAGAAUGAACACAGAUUGCAGACCCUUGCAAAAUCACAUGUAACCCGCUUCAUUUAAAUUUUUGUUAAAAAUUGGAAAUUGAGCCCAGACUUACCAAGAGGUUUGAGAAAGAAAAACGUCACACAAACUGCCAAGGGCUGCACAGCUCUGAUAGUUGGUUUGGUUUGUCUUGUAAAUGAAAAAUUUCUUUUUUUAACCACCCCCCAAACUUUUAUUGAAGCAAUAAAACAAAAGGGAAUACACAGCUUUCACUGAAUAUAUCACUGGCUCUGUUUGAAUCCAGGCUCUUGCUGCUGCCCCGCCUGUCCCUGUUAUACCUCAUUGCUUCAUCCCACCAUGUUUCCUUACCCUUUAUUAUCCCUCCGUGUUACCCUUGCUCCACCUCAUCUCUCCCCACCAUGCCCCCAAUGUCAAGUUCCCCACCCGUGAACUAAUGCAUCCUCCCACUUCUGCCCCCAGGCCUCACUCAUCUACCUCAAUCUCUCUUGUGCUGGUCCUCCCCGCCCCAUUUACUGUCUCACUUACCCACUCCACAAUUCCUGUGAACCCUCAUUGUCUCAUUUCCGACCUUAUCUCUCUUAUGCCCCUGUAAUCCAAAAACUUCCUCAAUAAAACCAGACUAACCCUCACCAAUCUGUGUUCUUCAGGGAGAUUGCCAAGAGAGAACAUUGGUCCCACAAUCCAACGAAGCAGGAAUGUUCAGUGGAAGGGUAGCAGCCCUUUACCUUUACCACUUGUUCCACUUCCAUGAUUAGGGUCUUUGCCAAAUGAAGGGAGCUGGGCUCCUGGUCUGCCUUUUCUAAGCAGGGCCUAGAGAAGCCCCAUCUCCCAAAGGAUGAAGUUUCCCUGUACUCAGGGGAAAGUCCCACCACAUAUGGGCAAGAUUUCCUUCUGGGCACAGGAAAAAUCUGCCCAGGUGAUGGGACUUACCUCAGGGAAAAAAAGAACUAGAUAAGUCCAUGGAGGAUAGGUCCAUCAAUGGCUAUUAACCAGGAUGGCCAGGGAUGGUGUCCCUAGCCUCUGUUUGCCAGAAGCUGGGAAUGGGCGA